GAUUUCAACAAUCAACCAAUUCUUUUUUCUCCUGGAAAGUUUCCACUUUCCCACUCCCUGUAUUGCUUGAAAGUGCAAUGGCCACGUUACCUUCACAAAACCUGCAAUCAGGGCGGCCUCUGUGUUUUCCUUCAUUGAAUUCUCCUAAAGUUUCUUCAUUGAAAUUCCCCAUUUUCUCUCCUAGAAAACUAAAACCACUCGAGCUUUUCACCAGAAGCGAUGGCUUCAGCAACUCUCGGCUCGUGGGAAGAGCCUCUGCCUCUGCCUCUGAAUUCAAAGCAGAUAUGCCUGAGAUCCUUGGGGAUGUUAGCAUUUUCACUGCUGCUGGUCAGCCUGUCCUUCUAAAAGAUCUUUGGGACCAAAACCAAGGAAUUGCAGUUGUUGCUCUCCUACGUCAUUUCGGAUGCCCUUGUUGCUGGGAACUUGCUUCAGAAUUGAAAGAAGCAAAGGCAAGAUUUGAAGCCGCUGGAGUUAAACUGAUUGCAAUCGGAGUUGGUACCCCAAACAAAGCACGCAUGCUUGCAGAACGUCUACCGUUUCCAAUGGAUUGCCUUUACGCUGAUCCAGAACGCAAGGCAUAUGAUAUGUUGGGCUUGAAUUAUGGUUUUGGUCCUACAUUCUUCAAUCCAGCAAGUACUAAGGUGUUUUCAAGGUUUGAAUCAUUGCGAAAAGCUGUAAAAAACUAUACAGUUGAGGCCACUCCAGACGAAACAAGUGGUGUCCUGCAACAGGGAGGGAUGUUUGUGUUCAAAGGUAAACAACUUUUAUAUGCUCGAAAAGAUGAAGGGACCGGCGAUCAUGCUCCUCUACAUGAAGUUUUUGACAUAUGUUGCAAAGUUCCAGCUUCAUGAAUAUUAAAUCGGUACCUCCAAAUUAUGGUGUUGCUAAUCUACUCAAUAUCGGACUCCCGGUUUCAGAAAUUUAAUUCAAAAUUUCACAAUUUUUAAGGGUCAAUAUUUGUAAGUUCUCGAUAUAAUGUGUACGCGCUUCCUGUUUUAUUGUAUUUAGAAACAAUAUGAAAUCGGAUAAAUACGAGAGAAGAUAGU